CCGGAGCUGAUGAUAUAAGAAGGGCCGGUCUUGGAAACACUGCUGCUAGUCGCUGUGGCUCCUGUUUGCUAGCACUCCACAGUAACAAUGAAGAUCCUGUUUGUGAUCCCAGUUUGCCUGAGCCUGAUUCUCAGCAGCUCUGCACAAAAGCCAGAACCUUGCAAGUCUCCACCUUUGCUUGAGGGGGCACUGACCGUGCUCGUGCCUGGGCACCAUUUGCGAGUUUUUGAGAAAUUCUCUUAUGAUGCCUAUGGACAGAAUAUCCGAGUCCUAGCAGCUGGAAAGGAGGGCAACCAGACUUUCUUUGUUGACAGGCUUCUGCUCUUUAGAGAGGGAGUCAACUAUGAGAUCCACUAUCACAACCAUACUUGUAUUAAGACAGCAUUGAAGGAACCAUUUGAGCAUCUUGGGGUACCCCAUGAUGCCCAUUUCCUGCAUCAAAUGGUCUUGGGUAGCAGCUCUAUACCAGGACAAGGACUGCUGGUCAAUAACUGGAAUGGAACAGCGCAGACAACAAAAGAACCCUACCUGCUGACCUACACUGCGUUUGGCUGUGUGCCUCUCUACAUCCUCGAAUUUACCCAGCAAGGGGAAAUAGACGUCAUGACAAGCUUCUUUGACCUAGUGGAGGGAAUCGAGGACCCAGAAGUCUUCAUCCCGCCCUCAUUCUGCGAUUCUGUGGAAGUGCUGCCAGCCAAAGAAGUUGCUGGAGCAAGAUCCUUCAUUGAUCUUCUGUGAGAGGAACCACAUGGGUUUAUGUCAGUGCAUGUCCACCUUAAAACUGCAGCAUGGACACACCAUUUUUUAUUUCAAUGUACCAUUUGGCAUUUUUUGGCAACCUACACACAUUAAACAAAGUUGCUAUCCAAACUAUGA